CAAAAAGCAGACGGAGUGUCCUGAUUGAACUUACGUUACGUUGCAUUCUGGUGGUAGCUUCGCUCAAAGGCAGCGUUGCAGUGAAGAAGAACAAACCUUGUGUGACGCCGGCAGGGAAACCGGGAAGAUGUGUCCAUUUCUGGGAGUGCCAAGCGGCACCAGCGAAAGCAGAUCACGAAACAUUCUUAGAUGGGAGUACCUGUGGACAUUCCGGAGGCUUACCGUUGGUUUGCUGUGAGCCGUUACUGCCACACCCACCGUAUUGCGGAAUGGCAGCUGGAGCUGAACCACAGUUCGGUGUGCAAGCAACCCGCAUUGGCGAGUUUCCUUGGACAGCGCUGAUUGAGUAUGAAAGGUCAAACGGCCACUUGGCAUACCAUUGCGCUGGUACGCUCAUCAACCAACGUUACAUUCUGACAGCCGCUAACUGCGUGAGUGGAAUUCCAAGGUGCUGGAAAGUGCACGGUGUUCGGCUGGGCGAGUGGGAUUUCAUUACUUCCGACGUGUGCGAUAGUGGCCACGCCGCCUCCUGGGCACCAAUCGAUAUCGGUAUCGAGGAGAUUGUUGUGCAUAGCGAGUACAAACGAUUUGAUGAGCGGCAACGGAACGAUAUUGCGUUGGUGCGGUUGUCGAGUGAUGUACAGUACACGGCUCAUAUACAACCAAUCUGUUUACCAUUCCAAAAUACAACCACCCUCAUUGCUUACACCGUUGGGUGGGGCAUUACGGCCAAAGGUGUGGCCACCCAUAGGAAAAUGAUGACUCACCUGUCGGUAUUGAAUCAGAAGGAGUACUUAUCGGUAUACAAAUGCAACGAGUUCAACAUUACCUCGGCUCAGAUAUGCGCGAGGUCGUUGGUAGUCCAUCAAACUGGCACUUGCGAUCCCGGUGGUCAGCUGUUGCAUUAUCACGGCAAUGAAUACUAUCUGAUUGGUGUCGGGAGCUUUGGGUUGCAGAACUGCGGUACAGGGAAUGCUCCGGUUGUGUUUACGAAAGUGGUUGAGUAUAUCGAUUGGAUUGAGAGUACUAUCUACUGAGCUAGAUAUAGGGAAACGUAGAGAACGACUGUAAACAUAAUUCAUGAGAUAUCAAAUAAAUGAUCAAUUGAC